GCACGUCUGACAUCUGCAGACGCUGGAGAAAUAGAGAGGGAAAUCCACCUCCCGCUGGCCCUGGCCCUGAGCCCAGCGUUGCUGGGGGUGGCAUCGUGGAGCAAGAAGUCACUUUGCCGAGGGGGUGGAAACCUCUGUGCGGGGCAGGAGCCGGCCAAAAAUGCGACUGCCAGUGCGUCCUGUCCGGGCAGUGGCAGAACGAGCUGGGCUCCCAGAUGCGCAUCUUUCAUGUGGAAGUAGACGGCAGCUUCUCCGGCAAGUACAGGACGGCCGUGUCGGCCACACAGGUGCCCAUCCAGCCCGCACUGCUGUGUGGGUCCCAGCAGCUGCAUGGUGAGGGGCAGCAGCCCACCUUCAGCUUCACCGUCAACUGGAAGAGCUUCUCAGCCUCGACCACCGUCUUCGGGGGCCAGUGCUUCGUGGACAAGAGCAGGGAGGAAUCGCUGCGCACCAUGUGGCUGCUGAGGGAGGAAGUCAACUCCGAGAAGGACGACUGGAAAGCAGCCAGACUCCACCUUCGCCUGUACUGGGGGUGCAGACCCCCUCCCACGCCAUCCCAUCAGCCUGGGCUCUGCACUGGCUCCACGUCUGGCUGCCAGCUGUGCAUUCAGCAUGGUGAGCAACAGUGCUACCUUGCACUGUGGGCUUGGGCAGUGCACCUGUCCAAGCUUUAGCUUGAAGACUCUAGGAGCACUGAGUGGUGCCACUAAGUGCCUGGGCUGUGGAUGUGCUGGAACAGAGACGUCUGCACACAAGGCUUGUAGGUAAGUUGUUAAUGAGCCGCCUUGACUGUGAGGACCAUAAAUCAAGGUGAAAGACACGGGCUGGAAGGAGAGAAGAAAGAGUCCUGUGCAGACCUGGCAGAGAUUGUUCCCGGAUGACCAAAGGAAGCCCCGUGUACAUGUGGGGAGAAGCCGGGGCAGCGCUGGGAGCUGGUCCGGCACACGCAGAGCUGCUGCCCCCUCUCUCCUGCUUCUCCCCAGCCGGCACCGGGGAGGAGCUGCUCUGUGCUGCUGUGGGCCCGGUGGGCGCUGAGAUACAUGCACGUGUUGUCAUUCAGGGGGAGUAAUAAAAGACAAG